AUGGCCUCGACCCGCAGCCCCGGUGGAGCGCGCACGCUGCUCGCCUGCGCCAGCCUGCUCGCCGCCAUGGGCCUCGGUGUCCCGGAGUCCGCCGAGCCCGUGGGAACCCAAGCACGACCGCAGCCGCCCGGGACCGAACUGCCCGCCCCGCCAGCCCACAGCCCGCCGGAACCCACCAUUGCGCAUGCGCACAGCGUGGAUCCCCGGGAUGCCUGGAUGCUGUUUGUCAAGCAGAGUGACAAGGGCAUCAACAGUAAGAAGAGGAGCAGGACCAAAGCCAGGAGGCUGAAGCUUGGCCUGCCAGGACCCCCAGGGCCACCAGGUCCUCAGGGUCCCCCAGGCCCCUUUAUCCCAUCUGAGGUUCUGCUGAAAGAGUUCCAGUUGUUGUUGAAAGGCGCGGUACGGCAGCGAGAGAGCACGGAGCACUGCACCAGGGAUCUCACUACACCAGCCUCGGGCAGCCCUUCCCGUGACCCAGUCACCCAGGAGCUUGAGAGCCAGGACCAAGGGGCAGUAUUGGCACUGCUGGCAGCUACCUUGGCCCAGAGCCCGCGGGCACCACGUGUAGAGGCCGCGUUCCACUGUCGCUUGCGCCGGGAUGUGCAGGUGGAGCGGCGUGCACUGCAUGAGCUCGGAGUCUACUACCUGCCCGAAGUUGAGGGAGCCUUCCGCCGGGGCCCAGGCUUGAACCUGACCAGUGGCCAGUACACUGCACCCGUGGCUGGCUUCUAUGCGCUCGCUGCCACUCUUCACGUGGCACUCACCAAGCAGCCAAGAAAGGGACCACCACAACCCCGGGACCGUCUGCGCCUGCUGAUCUGCAUCCAGUCUCUCUGCCAGCACAACGCCUCCCUGGAGACUGUGAUGGGGCUGGAGAAUAGCAGUGAGCUCUUCACCAUCUCAGUGAACGGUGUCCUCUAUCUACAGACAGGACACUAUACUUCUGUCUUCUUGGACAAUGCUAGCGGCUCCUCCCUCACGGUACGUGGUGGCUCUCACUUCAGUGCUAUCCUCCUAGGCCUGUGAGAGGCUGCUGCAGGCUCGUACCCUUACCAAGCAGCGUGGUCGAUGUCUACACUGCCAAGUGACAGUGGUCCUGUGCGGAAGGAAGCCCACUGGACCUCUGCACACGCUGGCCAUCACGUUACCUCCCAGCUCAGCCCCUGCACUGCUGCAGCGGUGACUGGAAGCCAGCUCUCCAGCAACUUGUGGAUAUC